AUGAAUCAACUGAUAUUGAUCAUUGUCCUUACUAAGAUGAAAUUGGCAUUAUUGGUCAGUGGUCAGAUUUCAGGUGGUUUGCGUAUAACUGCAGGUUAUGCUGCGCAAGAAGGACGACUGGAAAUAUUUCAUCACGGUGAAUGGGGAACAGUUUGCGAUGACCACUUUGAUAAUGUUGAUGCAAUAGUAGCUUGUAGACAGCUCGGAUAUUGUUCAGGACUUAUGCAUCCAGCAAAUCGUAUACGUGAUGGCAAGGGUGCCAUUUGGUUAAAUGACGUAAAUUGCACUGGUUCAGAAAGUAAAUUACUGCAUUGUACAUACAAUCCCGAUUCAACGCGAUGUCGUCACUAUAAUGAUGUAGGCGUCCAUUGUUUUCUCAGCUGUUUAUCAGAGGAUGAUGAUGAUUUGCGUAUAAUUCGGGGCUAUGCUAAGCAUCAAGGACGACUGGAAAUUAAAUAUAAAGGUGAAUGGGGAACAGUUUGUGAUAAUCACUUUGGUAAUAUCGAUGCAGAUGUAGCAUGUAGGCAGCUCGGCUACUGGUGUGUAUUCAGUUCUAACAGAAUAUCAAAUGCGCCAAGCAAUUCGAACCAUUUUAUUCAUUACAAUUUGGACCACAUACACUUGCAAACACACACAGUUUAA